AUGGCGGCCAUCGUGCGACAAUGUGCAAGAGUUUCCUUGCGAAGUUUAACUGCGUUAUCGUUGCGUUCUUGUCAAUCUAAGCCAGCUGUUUUAUCUCCAUUGUUGAGACGAAACCUUAAAGUUGAAUGGAAGGUUGAUUUAAGUCCUAAAUAUUUCUGUAGUUAUUCACAAAGUAUUGUUGAAGAUGGUAACCCGAACUCCGGGACCACAAGUGGUCAGUCAAGGGAAAUUGAAGUUGGGACUUUAACAAGCGAAAGCGAUGAUUCGGAAUUGAUAAGCGGCUCAUCGAAUGACCUGCAUCGUAUAUCUCAGCGUCUUGGUUCUGUCAAACAUGAAGAAACCUUACUUCAAGCUUUUCAAGUUAUUAAGAAUGCUGAAGAAAGAGAUGUACCACCUUUAUUGCUCUAUCAAUUAAUCAGAAACUGUGGAAAUCAACUGUUCACCUCCAUGCCUAAAAAACGAACGAAACUUGUAAAACGAUUCUGGUCAGAACUUAAAGAAAAAGGUAUCCAAUUUGAUGUGAGUCAUUACAAUGUAUUGCUGUCUGUGUAUCUUCAAAAUCAUCAUUCCUUCAGUCCUCUUGAAAUCCUGGAAGAGAUGAAGAGCAGUAAUGUGGAACCAAAUCAAACAACCUUGGUGCUAUUCAUUCAAGCUUUUUGUGAAAAAGGAGAUAUGGUUGGUUCACUUGAAAUGUUGGGGAUGAUGAAAACUUUGGAUAUUCCAGUCACUGAAGCAGUUUAUGCAUCACUUAUUACUGGUUACAGCCGAAGUGGUGACAUGGAAAGUGCCCUUGGCAUCAUUGAAACAAUGAGAGAAAAUGGUUUAGAACCAGGCAUGGAUACCUACAUGGCUUUGUUAACUGCAUACAGUGAAUCUGGGGAUCUGGAAAAUAUAAAGAAGGUUGUUGCUGAAUUAACUGAAAAGAAAGGAAUGUUUCCAGCUGGAGUAUCAAUGGCCAUUGUGGAAGCUUUAGCAAGAGCAAAGCAUUAUAAUAUUAUUCAAGAGGUUUUGAAUGUAAUAAACAUAAAUCAGUCUGUGUUUAACAGUGAAUUAAUAAACGUCCUGAAGAACUUAAUCGCCAGAGGACUUCAUGACAAUGCUCUGGAAUUACUUAAAGUCUUGCCCAGGAAUCAAAUGGUUAACAGUGAACAAGUUUUUGUGCCAGAAGUAGAGUUUAUGAGACAACUGGUUCUGUCAAUACAGGAGCCCAAGUUGUUAGUUUCUAUGUUAAAAAAAGUGGAUGAGGCUGGAAUUUUGAAGUCUCCUUAUGAACUGUCUUUAAACUUCAGUUUUGGGAAGCAUGACAGAGCUCUGAGCUUAGCAAUAAUUGAAGCUAUGACUUGGAAGGGUUUGAUAGUUCGCCCACAUUAUUUCUAUCCAAUGAUGGUUGAUGCAAUCAAGAAUGAUGAUGGCAAAGGUGCAUUGGAAACUCUCACAUUUAUAAGACAGAGAAACUUACGGUUGGAUAAUAAUCUAAUUUAUUAUGGAAAGAAAGCUCUUAAAUGGGAAAAUAAAAGUCCACAAGAUGUGAUGACAUCAUUGCAGAAUAUUGAGGAAGCCUCAAUGUCAUAUCAGAGCAAGGUGACAGCAUUGCAUCUCUUCACUGAUAGACUGGACUUGGAAGGGAUUAAGAAGUUGAUUGACGCAAGUGGCGAUGUUGUCGAGGAUGAAGCUCUUGUUCCAUGUCUUGAAUUGUUGAUUAAACGGGACGACAGAGCUGAAGAUGCUGUUGAGGCAAUUUUAUACGCAGAAAAGAAAGGAAUGGAUGUUGAGAACUGUGUGCACACGUUGAUCAACAGAAUUUCUCGAACAAGAAGCGCCUCUCGUAAACUUAUUGGUUUCAUGGAAGCGUUGUUUGAAAAGAAUGUAAAUGCUGGUUCGAGGGUAUUCUCCCGUGUUUUAUCAGCUCUCACUAAAGAUGACACAACGGAUGAAUUUUUCGAGUUUUUACGCAUUUUAAAACGAAAUAAUGUGGAACCAGAUGCGAGCAGUUAUCGUGAGAUACUGAAGAAAUCGUCAAACAUGGGGAGGAGAGAAGCUGCAGAAUUUGCAUUCAAUGUAGUAAAUGACUCGUUUCCAGACGAUCCAGCCGCUUAUUCCUAUCUUCUCUUGGCGUAUGCUAAGAAUAACGUUGGAAAUCUUGGUUUCACGACUGAUUUUAAGAACCGAGUGAGAAUUACAGCGAUUUUUGAUGACAUGGUUGAAAAGGGUCUUAAACCGUUCGAUGCUGCGGUAUCACACGCCAUCAUUGCUCAUUUGAUGAAAGGAAACAUCGAAAUGGCUGACAAAAUCAAGGAAAAACACGGAACGGGAAGCAGAGCCUUUGUAGUUUAUUCUCAGUAUCUGAGAUUCUUUGCAAAGAAAGGCGAUGUUCACAAUUCCGAGAGAAUUAUUGCUGAAAUGAAAGAGAUGGAUAAUGAAAUGUCCUCUUAUACUUAUAAUUAUCUUUUACAAGCUUACAGAAAACAUGGAAAUGUUGAAAAGAUCAAGGAACUUCUUCAAGAAAUGAAGUCAAAAAACAUUGAAAAUAUAUUUUUGAACUACAGCGAGUUAAUGAUGGCUCAACUGAAGUGGAGUGAUACUGAUGGAGCAUGGGCGAUAUACCAGGAAGAAUGCAAACCUCUUGAGAAGUUUCCCAUUCAUUCCUGCUGUGUUCAUCUCAUGAGGGAACUGGGUUCUAAGAAGGACAUCACCAAGUUAGAUGAAUUCUCAAACGAUAUCACAAAGUCCAAAUCUUUGCCUGAACAAGAAAAGAACAAGAUGCGACAUGGUUUAGUUGUUGCGUAUUUAGAUGCUGGUGCCGAAGACAAAGUUGACGAGAUUGUUCAAAAAGAUGAUUUUAAACACGAUUUUUACCAUUAUAAAGGCAUCGCAAGGAACGCUGCGGGUCUGGGCAAGGUUGAAUUAAUUCGGAGUUUAAUCGCGUUCCUCGAGGAUCAAGGAUUGAAACCAAGAAGCUUAUACGAACCUCUUUUAUAUGCAUACGGCAAGAAAAACGACAUGAAUGGUGCCUACGCUCUCAGGGAUGAGAUCAUUGCCAAAGGUGAAGUACAAAGUCCAGUGUUUAUCCAGUUGUUUGAAACAUUGGCUGAAAAGUGGAAGCAAGAUGUGAACACCUCAAAGGAUUCCAACCAACCUGAGAACGUUAAUUGAUGAGGCUUUUUGGUGAUUAUCUUCAUUGGAAGUUGGAACAUUAACAGCGCAGGUACCCCAUAUGUUGCGUCAAUUCCUCAAAGGAUUCUUUUAUGAACCAUGAAUUGUUUAUCAUUGUCAACCUACCAGUAUUUUGAAAAGCCUUUACGAUAGAGCCCAGAACAAU